AGUUUUCGAUUGAGGAGCGGCACUGGUGCUUAGGACGAGCGGAGGCAGGCACGCGGCGGGCAGGCCUGGAGGGGGCGGGUCCGUGCGGGCCUCAGUGCCACCCGCCAGGCCUGAGGAGAGAAGAGGGAGGUCACGGAGUGAAGGUGUAUCCGCCACAGCCGCGCCCGUUGCCUCUGGGACCUGUGAGCGUUAGGAGCAACCAUGUCCUACUGCCGGCAGGAAGGGAAGGAUCGGAUCAUAUUUGUGACCAAAGAAGACCACGAGACUCCUAGCAGUGCAGAGCUGGUGGCUGAUGACCCCAAUGAUCCCUACGAGGAGCACGGGUUGAUACUGCCUAAUGGAGAUAUUAACUGGAAUUGCCCAUGUCUUGGGGGAAUGGCCAGCGGCCCCUGUGGGGAGCAGUUCAAGUCUGCCUUUUCCUGCUUCCACUACAGCACAGAGGAUAUCAAGGGAUCAGACUGUAUAGACCAGUUCCGGGCCAUGCAAGAAUGCAUGCAGAAAUACCCAGACCUCUAUCCCCAAGACGAGGAAGAGGAAGAGGAGGCAAAGCCAGUGGAGCAGGUGGAGGAGACAGCUGACACGAAGGUCUCUGCAGGCAAAGAGCAGGAGGCAAGCUCCUGAAGGCCACAGGCCCUGGCUGCCACUCACCAUGGGACUUUAUAUACAAUGCCUUUUGGUCACCUCUGUGAAAGUUCUUUCCCUCUGUGCACUGUAAUAUACAAAAUAACUUAUUUUAAUGAUCAGGGGUCUUGGCCUUGUACACUGAAGAAAAGGGAGUUUGUGCACCUGUGUCCUGCAUAAUCCUGUCCUUAAAUGUUAGGCCACUCCCGGAUGUACUACUCUGUGAUUGUCCUGGAUUUUGCCACUUUGAAAUAAUGUGCUGAGGCUUCUCAGCAACCAAAAGUUGUUACUCAGGAAAGUUUAUCGUGAGAAAGCUGAUCUGUUCUGAUCCACUGUAUCCCUUUUGGUAGAUUUUACACCUCUUUGGGAAAUUAAGUAAAUAGAUGCCAAGACUCCUUUGAGAGUGGGUCCAUUCCUACUGGAAGAGCCUGGUGGUCAGGUGCUUGCUGGAGUGCAUGGGGCUGCUGCCUCGUUCCUGACAGCUGAGUUUCUGUGUUUGCAGUCCAGGCUCCAGUGCCCACAGUUGUAGGGUGGGAUUGGACCCUGUGACUCCCAGUCCUUCCUAAGUGAAAGGAGAAGCAGGGUUUGCAGUUUCUUGUUUUGCUAUUCUGAGAGCCCUGGUUUGGGGCCCAUGUUCACUCAGUUGUGGUAUUGAGGUGGGGACCUAGCUGCUUCCAGAGCAGAAGCCAACAGAGGAAUGUCUGAAUGAAGUAACUCAAUUAAAAAACAAUUUCUAUCUGAUUUUGAAUGGCUUUUUUCCCCUUUAACUAGUUAGGAAGUUGUUAGCUUUCUUGUGAUGGCGGAGACUGAACAUGUAUGAGGACUGUGUGCCAGACAGGAAGCUGGCUGUGAAGCCACACCUCAGCCUUCUGUAAUUCUGAGACAAGGUUACCCUUAAUCUUCCUGUAUUAGCUUCCCAAAUAGCAGGCCAAAGCUGUGAGGCUUGGUUUUCUUAAUUUUUAAGAUUUAUUUUUUAUGUAUGUGGGUACAGUCAUUCUCUUCAGACAUACCAGAAGAGGGUAUCAGGUUCCAUUACAGGUAGUUGUGAGCUGUUGUGGGAGGUAUUUGAAAAAGCGGGCACUCUUGGCCAUCAUGUUCCCAUUCUAAGUUUCCACACUAACAGCAGCUGGCCAGAAAUGCCUGCCCGAGACCUAUGAGACGUUGGCAUGGCUGUUGCCUCUGCCCGAUCAGAUCCGUGGCGUCUAGCCCCCAAAACCUAGGGAAUCUCCGACACCCUCAUAGUGGGCUCAACCCCAGACACAGUCGGCUCUUAAGGCUUAAAGAUUAACCCAAUAGAUUUAUAUAUCAACAGAUACUCAAUACACAAGAUACCCACACAAUUAGAAUUGUUAAACCAAUUACCUAACCUUUAUAUGAAUAAAGACACUAGGGUACCGUC